AGCGCGGGGACGCAAAUGCAACGCAACAAGCACACCUGCACCGCAUGAGCAGCACCCGAAAUUCCAAACCCACUUCGUCAAGCAACAACACCGGCUAAAAAUUAAAGGAGGCAGCGCGUAGCAGUUGGUCGCCACCGUCACGUACACACGCUCACGUUGGAGGCUGGACUCCGCCCCCGUGCUGCUCUUCGCCUUGCCUUUCUCCGCCGGAGACCCCGCCGCCUCAGCUGCCACAGGAGGAGGAGGCAACCAUGGCGGGGAGGUACGACCGCAAUCCGUUCGAGGAGGAUGACGUCAACCCCUUUGCGGGAGGAAGUGUACCUCCUGCUUCUAAUUCUCGGAUGUCAGCACUUCCUCAUGAACCAGCUGGCUUCUACAAUGAUCGUGGUGCAACAGUGGACAUACCUCUUGAUUCAACGAAGGACCUAAGUAAAAAGGAGAAAGAACUGCAGGCAAAGGAAGCUGAGCUAAACAAACGGGAAAGGGAGCUGAAAAGAAAGGAGGAAGCUGCAGCCAGAGCUGGUAUUGUCAUUGAAGAUAAGAAUUGGCCACCCUUUAUGCCCAUUAUUCAUCAUGACAUUUCGAACGAGAUACCAAUUCACCUGCAAAGGAUGCAGUACCUGGCGUUUUCUUCACUAUUGGGAUUGACAGCUUGCCUCUUUUGGAACAUCAUUGCAACUACAGCAGCAUGGAUUAAAUCAGAAGGUGUCAUGAUCUGGUUGCUAGCAAUCAUCUACUUCAUCUCUGGUGUCCCUGGGGCCUAUGUGCUUUGGUAUCGCCCGCUUUACAAUGCGAUGAGGACUGAAAGUGCUUUGAAGUUUGGGUGGUUUUUCUUGUUUUACCUUCUCCAUAUCUUAUUCUGUGUCUGGUCAGCUGUGGCUCCUCCAUUUCCAUUCAAAGGAAAAUCCUUGGCAUAUUUUACUUCAUUGGAUUUGGAAUGUUCUGCCUUGAAUCACUGCUCAGCAUCGUUGUCAUUCAGCAAGUAUACAUGUACUUCCGUGGAAGUGGAAAAGCUGCAGAGAUGAAGCGAGAGGCGGCCCGUGGUGCUAUGAGGAAUGCCUUUUGAUAGAGCGACCUAGGCGACUGGAAGAGACACGGUGUGACAAUGGGUAACUACGUUAUGUACAUAUGCUGUUCGUCUCUGAGAUUACUUAUACUAGCUUAUAGCCUUCUUGCCUUCAUGCAAUGUAUACCACCUACCACCGGAGCUUGAUCUCUUACCUAGGUUCAGAUGUGCUUAUAGGUAACUAGUUUUUUUUAUACAUUUCCUACAUGAUUUGUACUCUUAACUCGCGAGACAAUUGUUGUUGUUCUUUGGAUCUCGAGUGAUUCUUUGCACGGCCUGAAACCACUUGGUCUUGAACUUUGUCAGAUUCUUGCUGAAGUGGAUAUUCAGGUCAUCUUUUUUUUUC